GCAGUUGUCGAACUUUGUGCGAGGAAUGUGAAGGCCUUAGUUGUAUCAUAGAAGUUUAUGGUUGUCAUGGUUACGGGGUUACGAGUGAUACCUUGCGCUUAGGAAUGUAAAGAUUUGUUGUCUAAGUAGCAGAAGACAAUGAUGGACAAACCGCAGAUAAUUUGCCAUGUGGAAAAAUCAUUGCCAUUUUCACUUUUUGAUGGAAAGUGGAUCCCUUGUUCGGCAAAGUUCGUAGUUCUAGGAUCCAAACCCAAGGGAACUGGCGCUCUCCAGAUUUAUGAAAUAACAGAAGGCGAUGUUAAACUACUCCAUGAGGUGGAGAAAAGCAAGCCAUUUAAAUGUGGUAGUUUUGGAGCAUCUUCAUUGAGGGAACGGCAUUUGGCAACUGGAGAUUUUGAUGGCAAGCUAAAUGUUUGGAAUUUAGAGGACACUUCAAACCCAGUGUACACAGCUUCAGCACACAAACAAAUUAUCAACUGUAUUGAUGGAAUUGGUGGAUUAAAUGUGGGAUGUGGUGCUCCUGAAAUAGUAACUGGAAGUCGUGAUGGUAGUGUGAAGGUAUGGGACAUCCGACAAAAGGGGAAACCAGUGGCUGUCAUGGAACCGGAAGAAGGUGAAGUUAGAAGAGACUGUUGGGCAGUAGCAUUUGGCAAUUCAUACAACUCAAAGGAAAGGAUGGUAUGUGCUGGUUAUGAUAAUGGUGACAUUAAACUGUUCGACUUAAAAACAAUGGAACUUAGAUGGGAAACAAAUGUGAAAAAUGGUGUUUGUGGUCUUGAAUUUGACCGAAAAGAUAUUCCAAUGAAUAAACUCGUAGCUACAACUCUUGAAUCAAAAUUUUAUGUGUAUGAUACAAGAACAUUUCAUCCCAAGAAAGGUUUUGCAAGUCUGUCAGAAAGGGCUCACAAGUCAACAAUAUGGUUAGCGCGCCAUUUACCACAGAAUCGUGACAUUUUUGUCACUUGUGGAGGAAGUGGUUCAGUAUGUUUAUGGAAAUACAAUUACCCUGCACAGCGAGUGAAAACAACAGAUGAUGGAGCAGUAGGUGUAGUGGGGACAGUUAGUUUACUGCAAAACAACACAUUAUCCAGUCAGCCAAUCUCAAGCUAUGACUGGAAUCCAGAUAAAAUAGGACUGGCCUUAUGUACAGCAUUUGAUCAGACAUUACGUGUUGUCAUUGUAACUAAAUUAAAUAACUAUUAAGUACCAAAAUAAAAAGUAAAUUUUAUGAAAGAAAGACUAAUUCAUAACUUUAAAAC